GAGGAGAACUGAGCGCCAGAUGUUGGAAGAAGAAUUGGGAGUCCCCGAAAACCCUGUCAUAAAACUGAAAGGACGAAAUUAGCCCUGUAUAUUGUGAAUCUCUCCUGUUCCAAUUUCCUCUCCCUAUCCUCCCAACAUAGAGAGAGCUGUGAAAUUGUAAGAACGAAGACGUAAAAGAUGCUACCCCAGCAAUGGGCUCGACCUUGUGGCAACGAAUGCACUCACAAAUACGCUGCUCUCACUCAGAUUCCAUGGAGAGUGUUCUGCAAGAAGGGAUGUGAUGCUGAUGGAGAAACAUGGGAAGAAUGUCUGUCUGAGUGCAAUGAAAUAUGCUACAAGGACCCUGUAUUUAAGGAUCAGCAGUGGAGUGCAUACAUUGACAGGUCACCUGGAGCUGCCAGUUAUUCUGAGGAAUGCUUCCAUGCCUGUGUAGCUGGCUGUGGUUACAAGUUUGAAAUUGAACCAGAUAAAGUUGAUCAGGUUCGACCAAACAGGCCAAGCAAGCCUCCACCUUCUGUAAAGCCAGCCCAUAUUCAGAAGCCACCUCCAAUAGCUUCUAAACCUGAUGAACCUGCUGAAGACAUACCUUGCACCUCUGCAUAGACAGAAAUAGAGCGAGUGAAAGAGAAAAUAGGUAGAAAGAGAAAAGAAAGCCACGGUGAGAAACAUGACGCAGUCAAUUUUGUUAGCUUAUGUAGCCCCAGAAGAUUCUUAUUGCUUCUUGGUUCCAGCUGUGGAUCUUUACAACCUAAGGUCCUUUUUUGUUGGCAGCAUCUUAAUUUUAUCCAUGUCUUAUCCCUCAUUGGGUGUCUGAAGCUACGUUGUAGUUGAUAUCUGUUUUUUUGACAGCAUAGCUUGGAUAACCGAUUUGUAAAAUCAAAAUCAAUCCCUUCACAUUUUUGGUUGAUGAUACAGACCAAUGAAGUUGGUUUCAGAAGUAGCAUAGUUUCAAAAUGUAUUUUCUAUAACUUUGAGACGAAAUUGUACCAUGAUUCUGUUCAUUUUGAUGAAAUAGGUGAAAUUUUUUAUGGUGGGAUCA